AUGGGUGGAAACUAUCCUGCGUCCAUCAACUUAGGGCCUCCUCCAACUGUCCCGAAGAAAAACCCGUCGUUGGUGAACAUGUCAUUUCUCAAGAACUUCAAUGAUCCGUUGAAGAAGGUAACUGAUGAACAACGGCAACAGCCAAAACGGCGUGGUCCUAAGCCGGACAGCAAACCCGCACAAACCAGAAGACAAGAAUUGAACAGACAGGCGCAAAGGACGCAUCGUGAGCGCAAGGAACAAUACAUCCGAGCGCUAGAGGUUGAGAUAUCUCGCCUCAGAGAAGGAUAUGCCAGCGAUAUUGAAGGAGCAAACAUGUCCAUCAUGCAACAGAGACAGAAUCUAGAGGAGUUGAAAGAGGAAAACCGAGUUCUAAAGGAGGUCCUUGCAUGUCAUGGCAUCAACGUCGAGGCUGAAUUAGAAAGACGCAAAAUUGCGAUCCAGAAUACCCCGCAAGAAAGCAGUUACGGUGGUAGCACGACAAUCCAGACUGCUCCUGAUAUGGGUAGCAUGAACUACUUGGGCACUCCGGAAACCUCCAUAUCUGCGGGUAGAAGCCCUGGAACUACAACAUCGGAGACCGUACAACAACCCACUGCUGGAUCAAGCAACCCGUACUUCGAAUCAGCUGCUCCUCAGCCAGGUGUGAGCUAUCAGCUAUCAUCCAAUGGUUUUGGUGGCGAAAGUGCCUUGGUCAGUAGUACCCCCGGCGUUUUCGAUGUUGACCCGCAACUUGGGAUAGAUUUUGUCCUUCACCUUGAAAAGCCAUGCAAUUGGCACAUGGAAUUUCUUUGCCGCCGAGCGCACGACGAUGAAAACCAAGAGGCGGUCUCUGGGCAUAUGCUGAUGGCAACAUGCCCAACUCCGUCAGUGAUAGCGAACACUGAGCGAGGCCAGACCUAUACGACAAAGACCUACGACCUCCCGCCCGUAAACCUGAACACUCUUCUUAAUCUUAGCAAACAACUCGUAACCGAUGAUGAGAUUACCCCGAUAAUGGCACUGCAACUUCUUCGAAGCCACGAGGCAUACCCAUAUCUGACCAGAGAAGAUGUAACCAACAUGAUGGACGAUCUUGCAGCGAAGGUCCGCUGCUAUGGAUUCGGCGCCGUCCUGGAGAACUUUGAAGUAAUGGACUCCCUGAACAGUGUGUUGACCAGCAAGAUGGACUACGCAUUUGCUAGCCCUGAUGGCAGCUCAUCGCUCAUCUCGCCACCCAUCCAGAGCGCAGAGGUACUGGAUAUGUACUCGUGA